AUGUCGUUCACAAAAUCAUCGCGCGACGUUUCCGUCACUUCGGACUUUCUGCUGACCGCUGAAUGCAAGCAAUUCGAUGGCCACUUCAGGCGGUCUUUCGUGCAGCUCGACCCCGUGCUGGGGAACGCCGAUGGGUCAUUCCAUGUCGAAGGACGUGACUUCUCAAAGUCCGCUAGGAACGUGUGCCUGAAGGUGGAACAUGGCUCGACGAUCCUGCAUGCGAGUCUGCGCAAGAUGGAUGGAUCCUGGGAGGAUACAUCCUUUAAUCUCGAUGUCAUUGUUGCGAACAGAAACGGGGUGCUCGUCAUAGAUACGAGCACCAUCCAAGCACCCGAUGGGAUAGUCACGUGUGAUACGCUGGAGAAGCUUGUCGAGGAUUGCAGGCAGGCUGCGAAGGAACUAAAAAGUCAGACCCAUGAUCAACUCAGGGAGGAAUCUAGCGGAGCAUCGCAGUCAAUCAAUACAGCCUUCAAAAGCAUCGAGCAGAUGCAGGAGGCGCUAAGUGACGGCGGAGCCUACGUCGACAGGCAGGAUUUCGGCCCAGAAGCUGGCCACCUCGGAUUCCUCCUCAGUGACGCCACAAGCCAAUGGUCGAGGAUGGAAGAUGCCGUGGGAAAUGCCAGCCAACUCAUCAAGGAUUUCCAGCGUACGAAACUUCACAGCGUGAUUGAGGAAAUCGAAGCCGCCGAGCGCAAAAUAGCCGUCGACGUGGAUGACACCAUGUUGAAGCAGAAGGAAGCCAAGGACCACCUACAAUCACUUGGCGACCAAAUUGGUCAACAUCAGAAAGAGCACACAACAGCUCUAAACGAAAGACAUGAUGCAGCCAUGAGAACUAUCGGUUUCUCCAUUGCUUCUGUUAUCGUGCCAUUUGUUUUCAUCCCGCUUGCCGUCCAAGCAUCAAGUGAACGAGAAUCAUGGGACAAACGCGCGAUCGAGCUUGAAAAUACAAUCACGGAGACGUCUUGCCUCAAAGACAGGCUUGAUGGAUUCCAAAUUGGCCUCGAACGCGCUCUUCAGACCGCCAGCCAGAGUAGCGAAAAAUGCCGGCGUCUGAGGGCGGAAGUGAAGACUAUUUCCGAGGAGCUGGACGGUUUGGAGGGGCGUAUCCAUGAGAAGAAGUGCACGAUGACAGAGUACGUGCAGACCCUCAAAGAUGCCGAGAGUGAUGGCGUGACUGCUUUGGAGUACAGUCAGACACUGCAGGAGGGCCGUGAGAUUCUGCAGGAGGUCCUGCGCGUUAAGGAAGACUUCGAUCCGGAGAAGCUGCAAAUCAUGCUGCAACUGUAG